AUGUUCGCCACUCUUCAAGGCAUUUACCAUCUUCAGUGGAAGCCAAACCCCAAAUUCAAACCCCUGCCACCCCAUAUCUCAAGAGAAUAUGUCCCUACACCAAAUGGUGACUUGGAGCUCCUAGUUUCCCAACCCAAGAACCCUGAGAAGUCUUGCCCGCCCAUCAUUUUCGCUCACGGCGGUUUCGGGCACGCGUCUCUGUGGAUAGAGUGGAUGACAUAUUUCCACCAUCACUAUGGAGGUACCACCUACGCGUAUUCUGCUCGUAACCACGGCGCGAGCUAUGGUGUGACUUAUCUCAAAAUGGUCUUUGGUACUACCCUCGAAGAUGUUGCUUCUGACUGGGCCUCCGUCAUUCACGAUGUCAAACACAAGUUCGAGCACGGGACCGAACCAGUACUUGUGGCUCAUUCAGCUGGCGGUGCUCUGACUCAGUUCGUCCUCUUAAACUAUCCAACCACAACUCGAGGGCUCUGCUUGUUAGGCUCCGUUCCCCAUUUUGGAGGCUAUGGAGCCUAUUGGAACUGGAUGAAGAUGGACCCGUGGCUGAUGCUGCGGAAUCUCUUCAGUGGUGGCCAUCCCACAAGCCCGCUUUGUCAGCCCGCUUUGGUACAUAGAGCCUUCUUCGGACCACACUAUCCAAAGGCAAAGGACGAUGGCUGGGACAGGGUCAAGGAGUUCAUGAGGUGGAUGCCAGGAUAUGAGAGUAUGGCUUGGGCAAUGGCUUUAAAUGGAAGCUUCUGGAAAUGGAUCUGCGGGAGAAAUGAGUGGCUGGAUGUGAACAAAAUUGUAACAUCCAUCAACGGCUGGGAGAGGAAGGGUGACAGGAUAUGCAUCAUGGUUGGCAGCCAUGAUCGGCUGACGGAUCCAUCAAUGGCCGAGAGGUCCUUUAAGGAAUAUUCAGCUGCUGUGGCCACGCUCCAGAGUGGAAAGAAGCUUGAGAUUAGCGAGCAAAGUGGCCCUGGCGAUGAUGAACCAAUUGCGGGAACCCGAGAAACUGCUGCAAAUCAGGUUCGCAUGGUCACUAUAGAAGGGGCAGGGCACCACACACAAAACGAUGUUCAGUGCGAUAUAGCGGCAGAAGCAUGCUUGAAGUGGGUGCAACAGCUUUGA